ACGCACACACAAUUUGUGUGAUUCCUUUACAAAUAACAAUAAUAAUAGAAAGAAAUAAUAAUAGAACAAAUAGAACUGUUUGAAAGUUAAUUGAUAUCUUGGAAGUCUGCUCCUCUUCAGAAAAGAAAGUCUAAGUCUGAAAGAUUUAACAAGAAACAAAGAGUUUGCCAUAAUUUUGUUAGUAUUCAAAUUCUUUUCCCAUCACCAAAAUUAUAUUGUUGAAAAGGAGACCCAAAAGCUUUCUAAAAAUAUACAUCUUACAAUCACCAUACUAUUACAAUGUAUUUAUUUUUGUUUUGAAUAUGUCAAUGACAUGGUGGAAAUAUUUUACUAUUUGCAUGUUGAUUUGUUUUGGUGGCAUUUUAUUCAUAAAAAUUGUAUUAAACAUGCAUUUCAAAUAGAAUAACAUCACUUUAUGAAGUUCAAUGGAAACCCUCAGCUUUUGGAAAUGGGAAAGUCUCAAAGGUACCUUAUGGUUAUAUUGACUUAAAAUGUGUCCAAGGGUUAAAUGUGUUAAUUAUUACAUAAUGCGGUUUUUAUUACAUUUUAAAACCAUGUUUUGUUACAUAAUAGCAUACAUAAUACGGCACUGCAAUCCUGAUGGUGCUGUCUUGCUGAGUAAUUCCCAUAUGGAUGGUAGGAAAUUUGAUAAUGUAUCAGUUUUAUCUUUACAUAUAUAGUGUUUUUUUAUAUAAAGAUUUUUUAUUAUAAUCUGAAAUAGUUUCACAGAAAUGUUUAAAAAAUGAACACAAAUUAUAUCUCUAAUUUCUGCAUAUUCUUAGGACGAACACUAGUAAAUAAAAUUUUCCUCCUGAUAAUUCUGUGACAUCAAAAGGUAAAAUAAAAUUUUAUUAUGUGGUUAUAAAAUUGGGUUUUGUUAUAACCAAGGGGAUAAAAUUUGACUGAAAUUUUGAUCAUCUAGUUAUGUUGUUGGUUUAAUGUUCAUCAAAAUUCCCAGAGGAACCUUUCCUGAACCAAGUUUGUCUCUGGAGAAAUAACUUUCAGUGGAGCAAAUACGGAGAAAGUCUCACACUGUCUUAAGUGUUUACGAUUAUUUUCCUUUUACUGUUCCCAUAACAUCAACGUGUUUUCUUUCUGCUGGUAGAACUUCUCACUUUGACCUGUUCAACAUUGUAUUAUUUCUACACGCUCAUUUUAUGAGCGCGUAGAAAUGAUAGAGUAAUUCAGUCAAUAAACCUGACUGAAUUACUCUAAUCUUCACAGUACUUGGUCAUUGUUUUAUUCCUCAGCUAACUGUGGUCAGAUGGCACCUGAAGAUUCGUUUGUUGCAUCUGGAUUUCCUGACGUCGGUUGAAAAAGCCUGGAGAAAUCUUCUUAGACUGUCAAGAAAUUCAGAUCUGUUAGAUUAUCAGUUUUAUGUUAUUAAUCAGUUUUAAUCUGGCUUCCCUUCUGGUGCCGUGGACAGAAACACAAAGCUACUCUUCGUGGCACAUCAGUGGCUUUGUUGUGUUUCCAGGUCUGGCAUAAAAGUGCAGGAGUGCAAAAGUAAGUUCAAUCACACAAACAAACAGCAUUUCAAGAAGUAAAUUUAAAUAUACUUUGUGCUUACCAAUCAUGUUUUAGAGCCUAUGUGUGAGUUCCCUAUUGCACCAGUAUUUUGUCUUGUGCCGGUGCUCAUAGAUUAACCCAACUAAUCUGGAUUAGAGGCAGUACUUCCUGCAGAUAACUGCCGCAGCCCAUAAAGUCUGCUGUCAGUAUGCUGUAGCGUCAGUUCACCAUGAGAAAGAUAAGAAGCAUUUUAAGAGGGAAGACCCGCCAUGCUGUCACAGAACUGACGAGAUAAACUCACAGGAACUGGACUCAUUGGCUUCACUUCACAGAGGCAGGAAGAUGAUUGCCGCUUGCUGGAAGAACCCCGGGGAGCUUUAGAAAACAGAAUAACUUUCUCUGAAGACAGACCUUAUCGUCGAAAGUUUCAUCUGAUCUGAGCUCUUGCGGAGAAGGACUGAAGCAUGCAGGGCCGCGAGGUCGGCUCCAAGAUGCGCUACUGGCUGACGCUGAUCUCGGGGAUGCUGGAGUGUCUGUGCUUUGCAGGUGUGGUGUUUGGCUACACCUCUCUGGUGUUUGUGCUGAAGGAAGACCAGUACUUCAGUGAGUUGUGCAGCAACAACACAGCCAGCAACAGCUCUCUGGUGGAGACAGAUUGCAGAGGUCAGGAUGAGCAGUUUUCUAUGGUUUUCACCAUCGCCUCGUUCCUGAACAACUUCCUGAGUCUGAUCAACGGCUACCUGUUUGAUCGAUUUGGCACCAUGGUAACAAGACUGCUGGCAGUAUCUUUGUACACAACUGGAAGCCUUUUUGUGGCCUUCUCCAGUGCAGCAUAUUCCUUGAUGCUCUUCCCUGCCUUAUCCUGCAUCGCCGUGGGAGGAAUUCUGCUCCUUAUGACGAACAUUCAGGUGGGGAACCUGUUUGCCGCUCAUCGUUCCACCAUCAUUACUUUAUACAACGGAGCCUUUGACUCUUCUUCAGGAGUCUUCUUCAUCAUCAAGAUUCUACACGAGCGAGGAAUCUCUCUGCAGUCCUCCUUCCUUGCCUUGUCCCUCUGUAGCAUCAUUCACGUGGCGAGGACUUUCCUCUUCAUGCCCAGGACCCACAUCCCGUACCCGCUGCCUCCACGCUACACAUACGGGGUGAACUGUGGACAGGCCGACAGCUACAACGUGGAGCAGGUCAAGAGGACGAAGGAGGAGGAUGCAUCUAGCAGAGACGAAACGGCAAAGUUGGAUGAAACAGAGGUCGAAAACGCAGAAAAAGUGGCGAGCUUCCGUAGCUGUGUUUUGUCCUGGUUCUUCCUCUGGCACCUGUUGUGGCUGUCCAUACUGCAGCUUAGACACUAUCUCUUCAUCGGCACGCUCAACUCCAGGCUCAGCCGACUGGCCAGAAACGACCCCAUCCUGGUGAGCCAGUACACCAAUGCUUUUGCAAUGACCCAGCUGUGCGGAGUGUUCUGCGCCCCCUGGAACGGACUCAUCUUGGACAGACACAAGGGAAAGUCUCGAGCCCCUGGAGAAACUGAACAGGACGCUGACCUGAGCUCCUCCUACCUGUCUCUGUUCCUGACUUCCCUGCAGUGCCUGUUCUUCUCUGUUUGCGCCACCAUUCCUGUCCUCCCACUGCAGUACAUCACCUUCAUCCUGCAGGUCCUCAACAGGUCCUUCCUCUAUGGCGGAAACGCAGCCUUCAUUAGCAUCGCAUUUCCAUCCCGUCACUUUGGGAAGCUGUACGGCCUGGUGAUGUCGCUCUCUGCUGUCAUCUCUCUGCUGCAGUACCCCUGCUUUUCCCUGGUCAAAGGACCUCUGGACGGAGAUCCGUUUUAUGUGGACAUUACUCUCACUCUCCUCUCUGUUCUGGUGUUCAUCCAUCCCGUCUACGUCUUCAUCCACUGCAGGAGAAAAACCCUGAGCAGGGAGAACAUCCCUCCAACUGAUAUUGGUCCCACUUUGGCUCAAGCUAAACUGUAGAUGAUGGAUGAGUAUGUGUGACAAGUUUAAUAAUUCAGGGUUUCCUUGUUUCCAUCACAUUGUUUUAACUAGAAAAUAGAAACAAGGAUAUUUUAUAUCAUUUUUAUAAGCAGACAUGUUUUUAAAAAAAUGUUUUACAAGUGCAAAUGUGUUUUUAUGACUGAAAAACAUUUGUCAAAGUCAUAAACUGUUUAACUUGUUAAAUCUGUUAUA